AUGCCAUUCAGUCUCGGCUUCACCGCGGACGCAGCCGCACCUCAUCUCCACGAUUCAUCCAAAAGAGACGCUGCGCCUUAUUCCAUGCUACAAAUUACGCAGUCCCUGGGCUUCGUGAAGCCGCUCAAGGAUGGCGUUGCUUCAUACAUUACAGCUCCUCCUCCACCACCACCCAUAAUCACCUCCCGACCCAGUCAGACUGACCUAAGCUCCUCCAGCGGAGACGAGGAGGAAGAAGGAGGAGGAGGAGGAGGGCGAAGUGAACAGAAAAAUGCAAAGAAAUACACCAUGCCUCGCCAGGUUCCUAACCGUCCCAAGACUUUGUACCAGUUUGCCCAUCCGGUCGCAAGUCGUCGUCGACUAAAGUUGCGACCAAAACUACUUCUUCAGCUGCAUGAAAGCAAUCCGUCGUCUCGACCAUUUCCCAAAUACGACAUCCUUCCACCUGAUAUGACGACAAAACUGGUUUGCAGACUUUCGAAACCACUGGGCAAUGUACGCGCUUUUGGUUCCAAGGAUCUGGUUAUCGUGACCAGUGAUAUGUAUGAGCAUGUGCCUACGAGCGAUGACCGUAGUAUUUCCUCGGAUGAAGCUUCCGCCGAACAGCGAGAAGUGGUAGCAACCAUCUGUCAGAUGGGGUUGACAGAAGAUCUCCCGCGUGGAUCAAAAAUCGAGCUUGCUCUCAGUUCGGGGGCAUGCUGGGAGGGAACCCUAUUACCGACCGGCUCGUAUGAGCUUGUUUCCAAGAGUGGGAUUGCUGGCUCCAACAAGAUUCGAUGGGUGGCGCGGGACAAGAAACCGAGGCAAGGUUCAGGACCGUCUGGUUCUACUGUAUCGGCAUCGUCUACUCCCGGUCGAUUUACUUUUAGUGUCAUUAAUCCCAGCUCGCGUCGCCACCCCGUUAUUGCAUCCAUGACCCGAAAGGGACUGACUUGCGUCGACGAGAUCUGCCCCUGA